UACGUGACCCGUGAAUGAGAAAAUACCUCUCACGAACAGAAAACGAAACCGCAGUUGACGUAUGCGCAGUGCGGAGGCGCGCAUCUCACGCUACAGAAUAUGUUUGAGCGUCAGCGUACAAGAGUGUCAGUGGGAACUAUGGACAAUCGGAGAGCAUGUGCCCGGCUGUGAUUCACCUAUUAAAAGAAUUGAGUCAACGAUGGAGUACAAGAAUGAAAAUUAUGGAAUAGAACUGCUUCUUGCUCACAUGAAUAUUGAAGAUUUCAUCCAGGAGGCUGAUCAUUUUUACUGUGUUGGCGAGGAGGUGGAAUCGAGCAUCUCGUUUGACGAAAGUUUCUCACAAGACGACAUGGAUGAAGAGACACCUGGCAUGGGAGAGUCACGUGACCUAAUCUCACAUGCGCAAAAACUUGGAAAGGUCCGUUACGGAACGUCAUCUGAACUUUUGGACUUUGUGAAUAUGGUUUCAAAUACCCCAUCUUCUCUCUUGAACGUGGGUGAAGAAGUGGGUGUCUUGCUAAACAAGACAGACAUGAUCAUUAAGGAGGGGCAUUACCGCAUUGACUUGGACGUUCUUCUGUUUCCAUGGAAACUGACCUAUAAGCCUCAAGGGCCUGGACAUGUUCCCAAAGGCUCAUUUGGGAAAGUCCAUUUGGCCCAAGACACCAAAACUCGUAAACGAAUGGCAUGCAAACUAAUUCCUGUAGAGCAUUUCAAGCCUGCUGAUGUUGAAAUCCAAGCCCGGUUUCGUCAUGAGAACAUAGCGGAGCUCUAUGGGGCGCUGCUGUGGGAACAGACUGUGCACUUGUUCAUGGAAGCAGGUGAAGGGGGCUCGGUUCUGGAGAAGCUGGAGAGCUGCGGUCCUAUGAGAGAGUUCGAGAUCAUUUGGGUCACUCAGCAGGUUCUGCGUGGCUUGGAAUACCUGCACUCUCACAACAUUAUACACCACGACAUCAAACCCAGUAAUAUUGUGCUGAUGUCUGCCAAAGCUGUGCUGGUGGACUUUGGGCUUACAGUACAGAUGAAGGAUGACAUAUAUGUUCCCAGAGACCUACGUGGCACAGAGAUGUACAUGAGCCCAGAGUUGGUUCUAUGUCGGGGACACAACACAAAGACUGACAUCUACAGUCUGGGAACCACGAUCAUACACAUGCUCAGUGGCAGUCCUCCGUGGGUUAGGAGAUAUCCCCGAACAGCCUACCCCUCUUAUCUCUACAUAAUCCACAAACAAGCUCCUCCUCUGGAAGACAUACCAGAAAGCUGCAGCCCAGCGAUGCGCAGGCUUCUGGUGCAUGCACUUGACAGAGUACCCACCUGCAGAAGCUCUGCAGCCGAAUUACUGCACGAGGAGGCCCUCCAUCCAUCUCGGGAAGACCAGCCACGCUGUUGGAGCCUGGACUCUGCGCUGGAGGAUGGCACACACCCGCUGUUACGACAGCUCAGUCAGAUUUCGGAGAGCACCCAAGACUCUUCCCUGUAUACCGAGGACUCGGGGCAUUCUAAGAAGAAAGGAUCCCUCUAUAUUGAUCUGGGUGCCUUGGCUGGUUACUACAGUGUGGUUAGGGGGCCACCAAGCAACGAGUAUGGCUAGAUGAGGAGGAUUUCUGUGCAUUUUGUCCCGAGGGAGACUGGAGUAUUUCUAUCGUUUGCUUUUAUAGAAAUGCUCGCAAUAUUGUUGGAGUGGAGGACAACACAUCCACAAGAUAAAUCAGAUGCUUCAAAGAUCUUCAGUAUUGAGGAACUAGGUGAGGAAACUGUAUGAUGGAUAGGACAAAGCAGACAUUGACUGGACAAUGAGGUGGAUGUCUUCUGUAACGCAACAAACAUUCAGAUCACACCUUGAAGAUGUGAAAUAAUGGUCAUUGUUGUCAUUCUUGGUUAUUUGGUGCGGGCACACAAUUUCAUUUUCCAAAAUGCACAAAAAUAUAAUGACAUCAUACUGUAAUGUAAAAUCCAACUUAUGAUGUAUGGUUGAUGUUUAUGGUAUUUAGAGUAAUCACUGUAGCAGGGCUACAUGAAUUUAUGAUGUAUUCGUUUUUUUAGCUGAGUGCAGGGCUUGUGAUUUAAAUUUACAUCCUAUAAAAUAAUGCAUUAUCAUUGUUUAAUGUUUGACCAUGGCAAUGCUAGGUGUGAAAUGAAUAUAAUGAAAUAUUAAUCAUAAUACAAAUCUACUGAUAUUGGCUGUAUUGUAAAAAGAAAGAUGUUUUGAUAUUGUUCAAUGUGAUUUCAUAUAAGUCUGCCAGUUUAACUCCAUUCAGUCAUUGAUUUCAAAUUUGCAAACCCCAUGUUACAGCUCUGAGCCUUUAAAUAGCUUUAGCUGAGAUUCCUGGUCAAUACAUCCAUUGUAAAGAUAAGAGGUGCGGAAAAAAGCACACUUCAUCAAUGAUUUUUCCCAGAAGUUAUGAAAUAAUGCUCUUUUUCAGACAAUACUGGAAAACAUCUCAAGUUUUUGUUCCCAUGGAAUGUGGUUUUGUUGAGUAGUUGCAAUGCAAGUCAUGCAUCUGGACUCAAAUUUUCCCAUUGCUGGCAAUGGAGGUUUAAAGAUGAACCUUUAUCAAGUAUCUAUUAAAGAAAGUGUUUAUAAUAGUGACACACAUAUUCGUCGAGUUUUUUGUUAUUACUGAAACUCUUGGCCAGUGGUUCUCUAUAGCUCUGUUCUGCUAUUUGAUGCGUAUUUAUCUAUUUGAAAGAGCUGAUCCUCUUUGUAUCAUCCCCUGAAUAAGAAUAACCCCUGUUCCUAUUGGCCUAAUAGUGUAUCGCUCUCUUUUUUGUUGUUGUUAUAAUCCAUGGGCUUUGUAAUAUUUGAAUGUUUUUGUAUAUAUAGGAUACACAUACAAUGUUGUUAUGCUGUCUUUGAUGUUUUUUUGCACAAAAUAACGCUUUCCGCUUUUCAAGGUUAUGCUGCCAGAUAACACGUUAAAAUGACACUAUAACUUAUUUGAACAAGAGGCUUCUUCAGAAAUGUUCAGUCAUUUUGGAAAGACCACAGAAAACACCCGUCAAAAAUGAUAGUAUCUCCAAAGAUGAAGGUUACUCUCUAUUUUGUGUGAUUCAUCGCUGCAAGUUUUGGAAAAACAUGUUUAAACCAAGAAUAAUGUUUUUUGAAUAUGAAUGAACAAGUUUUUUUUAACAUGACAGUAAUAAUAGUUUCUUUUAAUUAUUCAUAUUGUAGCUUCUUGUCAAGCCAGUACGUGCAGGUGUAAAAUUCUAAUUCAAAUUUUGGUUGCUGAUUAUGAUAAAAGUGUUUUUGUUUUUUAGCAGGCCGCUUCAAUUUCAGUGACAAUGUUUCCUGUUAGCUUUCUCUGUGAUCAGAAUGGAGAAGUGCAACUCAACAACAGGUUUUCAUAGGUUAUGCAUAACCAAACAAGGAAGUGAAAACAUGCUGAUGCAAAAUAACAGAAAAUGUCUUGCAUAUAACAGACCAUAAGUGUGUACUAUUUGUGAUUUGAGAAUACAAUAUAUCAUUAAAAAACACUUGCAUAAUGCAUAACACAGGCAUAAUGUUUUCUAGUUAGGGACUGUGCACAAGUGUUUUCACUUGAGUCAUCACUACAGAGAAAGUGUGUUUGUGUGUGUCGGAGAGAGAGCACACAUGGUCAGCAGAGUUUAAUAGUGCAGGAAGUGGGUUUCCCCCUGCUGAUAAGCAUUGGGUUUAGGGGAGUUGCAUUCCCUGACCUUUCUAUUGCAGAGUGAGAAAUGACACAUAAAGGGACAUUAAUUUCCGCAACUUGCACUUGUGAACCUACACCCACAUAUGCCACUGAUAUGCAUUAACAUUGAGAAUGUAAUGAUAUUUUGUUAAACUAACCAUUAUACAAACUUGCUGACAUUGUUAGACAUAACGCAUGUGGCUAUUUGUAUUAAUGGGACCAACUAAAGCCGUCUUUUUGAAUUAUCAAACCU